UGCUCCCCGCGGGGAAUGGAGGGGACGGCCGUGGCCGUCUGCGAGAUUUUGAAAUAUUUAAUAAUUCACUGGAAGUGUGAAACAGCAGGAGAAUCAAAGGGAGCGUUGCUAGAAGGACAGCUAGUGAUUUCCAUAGAAGCAUUAAAUUCUAAGCACCAGGCAAAUACUCUUCAUUGUGUAACAACGAUUGCUUCUGCAGGAAGCAUUUAUGGUGGUUUGGACCUCAAGAAGUUCCUGAAAGAAAUACAGUCGAUAUUGCCUGGAUUCUCUGCAAAGCUGAAUUGGACUUCAGAGGAAGCCAGCUGUUCUCAGGACAUAUCAGGGAUAACACCCUUCCAGAUGAUUUUUGAGGUGGAUGAAAAGCCCACAAUUUUGAUGACAGAUAGUCUGGUUAUAAAGAAUUUUUUACGAAAAAUUGUCAUGGUGCACCCUAAGAUUAGAUUUAAUUUCAGUGUAAAGGUGAAUGGAAUCCUCUGCACAGAGAUCUUUGGGGCCGAGAAUGAACCCACUUUGAACCUGUUGAAUGGAAUUGCUCUUGUCGUAAACUGUCAGCAUUAUGUGAGUAGACCAGAAUUUGGUACAAGUGAAUUAUUCUGCAGCAGAAUCCAUCCUGUGCUAGGACAUCCAAUAAUGCUUUUCAUCCCUGAUGACGUGGCUGAAAUGGGCUUGUCGAGAGAGCUGAUACUGACUCCAGCUGCUGCUCUGUGUCCCUGCCCGAAGGUCUUUUCCAACCAGCUGAAUAGGAUUUCUUCAGUUUCCAUAUUUCUGUAUGGACCUUCAUGUCUGCCUCUGAUAUCGCCAAGUCAGGAACAGCCAACUACUACUGUCUUCAAAGAUACCUUUCAUUUCAUUGACUGGAAGAAAUAUCACUUGUGUGUGGUGCCCAAUUUGGAUCUUAAUUUGGAUAGAGAUUUGGUGUUUCCAGAUGUGAGUUAUCAGGUGGAAUCCAGUGAGGAGGAUCAGUCUCAGAAUAUGGACCCCCAGGGACAAACUCUGCUGCUUUUUCUCUUUGUGGAUUUCCACAGUGGAUUUCCAGUCCAGCAAAUGGAACUGUGGGGAGUUCACACUCUGCUCACAACUCAUCUCAGUGCCAUCCUCAUGGAGAGCCACAGCAUGGUGCAAGAUUCCAUCAAGGUUGCCGUGGACCAGGCCUUGGAGCAGCAUCACCAGGCUGCCAAGGCUCAUCAGAAACUGCAGACCUCACUCUCAGUGGCUGCGAAUUCCAUCAUGAGUAUCGUGACUGGAAGCACCAGCAGCAGCUUCCGAAAGAUCUGCUUCCAGGCCCUUCAAGCAGCUGAUACACAGGAGUUUGGAACCAAACUGCACAAAUCAUUUCGUGAGAUUACCCAGCACCGAUUUCUUCACCAUUGCUCAUGUGAGGUGAAGCAGCUGCUCCCAGAGAAAAAUGAUGCAGAGCAGAGCACAGAGGAUGCACAUGAAAACAGCAACCUGGAGCUCCUUGCAGGGAUCAGCAAGCAAGUGAAAAACAAGAGGCUCAGGAGGGGCAGUCUCCGCCAGGGCGUGGAAGACAAGCAGGCUUUCCACUCAGCCAGGGCCCCGAACCCGUCGGAGGCCGGCCCACGCCCCGCGGAGCCUACCGCGGCCUCCCUGACCCCUAGCAGGGCAGGCCCGGGGAGAGACCUGGAGGACGCGCUGUGGCUGCAGGAGGUCUCCAAUCUGUCCGAGUGGCUGAGUUCCGACCCUGGGCCCUGAGCCGAGCCCUCUCCCCGCGCGUCCGGCCCGGCGGCUGCUGGAGGCGCGUGCUGUCUGGCGUUCAAUAAACCUGCUCCUCGCGUGAAGCUUCUGUGUCGGUAUCGGGGCCGGA